AUGCUAUCGGUCAUUGAUGUACGCUUCGAGCAUUAUCAUCCUCCCAAUACUCUUGGAGUUCAAGACUCUACGCCACGAAUUUCUUGGAAGAUCGCUCACAACGACUCCUGCAGCAUACAAAAUGGAUACGAGAUUGAAUUGACCAAGUAUGGUCCCAAUCAAGAGGUUCAGGACGUAUGUAUUGCAAGUCAGCAGUCCCAGGAAAACAUCCUGAUCCCAUGGCCUUUCAAAGAGCCUCUUCAGUCUCGCAUGCAUGUAUCAAUUCGUGUUCGAGUCUGGGAUGAGCAAGAGAAGAAAGGUCCUUGGAGCGAGCCCACCCAUCUUGAAGUAGGAUUACUGCAUCGUUCGGAUUGGUCCUGCGAGCGCAUCGCCGCCCCAUGGGCUUCAAAAAUGACAGAGGCAGGCUCUGAGGAUUUAUUCCGCAGGCAAUUUGUGCUUCACGACUCGCCCGUCAAAGCGCGACUUUAUGUCACUGCCCAAGGCGUCUAUGAAGCUGAGAUUAAUGGGCGACGCGUCGGCGAUUACUUCCUCGCUCCAGGAUGGACAUCUUAUGAUGGGCGACUUCAGUACCAGACUUGUGAUGUUGCUUCACACCUUGUCAAGGGUUCAAAUUGUAUCGGAAUACGAGUUGCAGAAGGAUGGUUCUGUGGUCGUAUUGGCUUUGAGGGCGGCCACAGAAACAUAUGGGGUCCUCAUACUGCUCUUCUUGCGCAGCUGGAAGUCACUUUCGCCGAUGGGCAAACUUGCAGGGUAGGAAGCGAUGGUUCAUGGAAGGUUAUACAAGGCCCAACUCGCCUGGCGGAGAUAUAUGACGGGGAAAAAUACGACAUGACGAUGGAGGUGCUAAAUUGGUCAUCGGUCAUGGACCAAGAAAGUCUGAAAGAUUGGGCAGAUGUGCAGACGCUUGAAUUCCCACCUGAAUCUACUCGACUCGUCCCGGGUUUCGCAGAACCAGUACGUCGGAUCGAGAGUAUAAAUCCUAUCAAAGAGAUCACGACACCAAGUGGGAAAAGGAUCCUUGACUUUGGUCAAAAUCUCGUCGGAUAUUUACGUCUUUCAGGCCUCAAAGGACCAAAUGGACACAAGAUUACCCUUCAACAUGCUGAAGUUAUGGAGAAUGAAGAGCUUGGCAUUCGGCCCUUGAGGAUAUGCCAAGCGAGGGACGAGAUCACCCUCAAGCAUUCACAUAAAGCGCUAUGUUGGCAACCAAGAUUCACUUUUCAUGGAUUUCGGUACGCUCAGAUCGAUAAUUGGCCAGGCCCUUUUGAUCUCUCAUGUGUCGAAGGUGUCGUGUGCCACACUGACAUGAAACCCGCUGGUCACUUCUCAUGCUCGGACCCGCUACUGAAUCAACUCUAUCGGAAUAUCGUCUGGGGUAUGAGAGGGAACUUCCUUUCGGUGCCAACCGAUUGUCCCCAGAGAGAUGAACGACUGGGCUGGACUGGAGAUCUGUCGCUCUUUGGACCUACAGCAUGUCUUAUUUAUGACUGCUUUGGCAUAGUAAAGAAUUGGCUGAUCGAUCUUGCGCAUGAUCAAGAUAUUCUUGGUGGUGUUCCCCCGAUGGUCAGUCCAAAUGCGACUCUCCCAGACCCUAUCUGGUGUAGGAGGGUGCCAUGUGCCAUUUGGCACGAUGUCACGAUUAUAGCUCCAUGGGCUCUUUACCAAAACAGUGGAGAUAAGAGCAUCCUGGUUCAGCAAUAUGACAGUAUGGUAAAGUGGAUGGAGGUGCUCCCGCGAAUGAAAUCUGGGCUGUGGGAUCCCAAGCCCUUUCAACUCGGGGACUGGCUUGACCCAGCAGCGCCGCCAGACAAACCAUGGAGAGGCGCAACCGACGCCAAAAUGGUAUCAAACAUGUUUUUGCUACAAAGCUUAGAUCUCAUGAGUAAAAUUUGUGGCGUGCUAGGACAGCACGAUGAACAAAAGAAAUAUGAGAAAGACUAUCAGGCCACACGAAUUGAGUUCCAGCAAGAAUACGUUACACCCCGAGGACGCCUCACCUCGGAUUCACAAGCUGCAUACGCACUUGCUAUUUGUUUUGAUCUACUUGACCCAGCGCAAAGGGUACGAGCUGGCAAUCGCCUUGUGGAGCUCGUGCGCAAGAACGAGUUCAAGGUCGGCACAGGAUUUGCCGCCACGCCAUUCCUAUGCGAAGCCCUUGCAUCUACUGGCCACAUCCAAGUUGCAUAUGCGAUGCUACUCGAGACAGGCUGCCCAUCUUGGCUAUAUCCCGUAACUAUGGGUGCAACUACAGUCUGGGAGAGGUGGGACAGCAUGUUGCCUGACGGUUCUAUCAACCCAGGAGAAAUGACCUCUUUUAACCACUACGCCUUUGGCGCUAUAGCAAAAUUCAUGUAUGAAAGGGUUGCCGGGCUGCAAAGACUCGAGGCUGGAUGGAGAAGAGUUCGUAUUUCCCCUGCCAUUGGUGCUACAUUUUCCCGAGCUUCUGCGUCGCAUGUCUCUCCUCAAGGCACAAUUUCUUUUGAGUGGGAAACGCAGGUUGUUGACGGGGAUAAAGAAGAAUUUAUUAUCAAAGCUAGAGUUCCACCGAAUACUAUCGCCGAGAUUAGUAUUCCUGGUUUAGAGGUGCAAGAAGUGAAGGAGGUUGGGUCUGGUGAAUGGACCUUUGGAUCACUCUUUAAAAGAGACUAUGUAUGGCCUAUCUCGCCAUUGCCAUCUAAGUCAUAA